CACCUAGCCGUUGCCCUUCAUUCAUACCCAGGGAGAGAGCGAUGGCGGCGUCUGGAGCUGGCGGAGGGAACCGGGGCAAGGCCUUGGAGCUGCUGCGGACCUUGCCUAGAGUCAGCCUCGCCAACCUACGGCCCAACGAUGGCGCCCGGAAAUUGGAAAAGAGACGUGGACGCGGAAGGUAUAGAGGCAGGAAAAGUGGCAGAGGUCAUAAAGGAGAAAGGCAAAGAGGAACCCGCCCUCGAUUAGGCUUUGAAGGAGGUCAAACUCCAUUUUAUCUGGUUAUUCCAAAAUACAGCUACAAUGAAGGUCACCACCUCCGGCGUCAGUAUCCGCCCCUCAGUCUCAAAAAGCUACAAUACCUGAUUGACUUAGGUAGAAUUGAUCCCACAGAGCCGAUCGAUCUAACACAGCUGACAAAUGGUAGAGCUAUAGGAAUACAGACACACAAAAGACAUUAUGGAAUCCAACUCGUGGAGGAGGGUGCUGAUACCUUUGCAGCGAAAGUAAAUAUUGAAGUACAGAUAGCAUCUGAACUAGCCAUUGCUGCUGUUGAAAAGAAUGGUGGUGUUAUAUCUACAGCCUUCUAUGAUCCAAGGAGUUUGGGUAUUCUUUGCAAGCCAGUGCCAUUUUUUCUGCGGGGCCAGCCUAUUCCAAAAAGAAUGCUUCCUCCUGAAGAUCUUGUUCGUUACUAUACAGAUCCGAACAGCCGUGGUUAUCUGGCUGAUCCAUCAAAGAUUUCAGAAGCAAGGCUGGAACUUGCCAAAAAAUAUGGUUAUGUCUUGCCAGAUAUUACAAAAGAUGAACGCUUCCGAAUGCUGAUUGCACGCAAGGAUCCCAGACAGAUUUUCUUUGGCCUUGCUCCAGGAUGGGUGGUAAACAUGCCCGAAAAGAAAAUUCUGAAACCAACAGAUGAGAGGUUGCUCAAAUACUACAGCUCAUGAGUACUCAAAUUGGAGACUGCUGCUGGAGUUCAUUGGGACUUUGAAUGUUGCAUAAACGUAUAUUGUCACUGUUUUCUAUAAAACAAAACAAAAUGAGUCAUAGUACAAAUAAAGUGAUAAAAUAUUGACUGUACAA